GUGGCGACAGCAGUGGCGGCUCGCGGUCUCGACAUCCCUAAUGUGAAACACGUUAUAAACUUUGAUCUUCCGACCGAUAUUGAAGAGUAUGUGCAUCGCAUUGGAAGGACUGGAAGAGUAGGCAACUUAGGGUUAGCCACGUCUUUCUUCAACGAGAAGAACAAGAACAUGGCUGUAGACCUGUGCGAACUCGUCAGCGAGACUAAGCAGGAGGUACCCAAUUGGCUGCAGGCCGUCAGCAAAGAAGUGCAGAGCGAACUCCGCUCUAGCAGUCAACGCAAGUAUGGCGGCAACAGUUACAAGAAGUUUGGCGCCGGAGGGUUUGGAUCACGAGAUUAUCGCCAAUUCGAUAGGGGAGGCAAUCAGCGAAACGCCGGCAAUGGACGGCCAAACAAUGGUCCCAACUAUGGAAGUGGCGGUCAAAACGACUCGCGUUUCCAGAACUUUGGCAACACAGGUAUGCCUAACUAUAUGGUUCCCGUUCGCAACGGCUCUUACGGCGGAAACUACAGUUCUGGCGCUUCAGGUCCCGACUGGUGGGGCAACUGAUGGAAAGCCUAUAAUAUUUAUUUGGGAAACAGUCAUAUGUUUUGUUUGUAAUUCUUAUAACUACCGUAGAGUGGAGUUGAGGUCACAUCCAGUG